CGAUCAGACUUAGAUAAUAAUAUUUAAGCUUUGAUUCAGUCUUAAAAAGUCCGAAGUUUCUUACAAUCGAUUUUAAGUUGGGUAAUCCAUUUAGCUUUAUAUCCAAUAUGCAGUGGACACUAUCUCGAGGAAUGGCUCCACUCACUCUCUCACUGUAAGCGAGCUUUGUGUGAGCAUUUCAGCGUCUCCCACAAGCCACCGCCGUCGUCUCCCACAAGCCACCGCCGUCGUCUCCCACAAGCCACCGCCGUCGUCUCACUCUCAACUUUUUAUGAUGACUUUGUUCAACAAGAAGGCCAAUCAAAAUGAUCGAAUCAGUGACUUACCAAGUAAUGUCAUUGAUGGCAUCCUGGGAAACUUGAGAAUCCGAGACCAAGUUAGGACUAGUAUUUUGUCAAAAAAGUGGAGGUAUAUGUGGACUUCAGCCUCGCAACUUUGUUUUGAUGAACACUUUUUUGAAAGCUUUAUACUUCUUGAUGAUGACCCUGAACCUGUAGUUUCUAAAAUCAUCACGGAUGUUCUUAUGAUCCGCAAUGGGCCAAUACACAAGUUUUCUAUUUGCGUGUCUGCUGACUGCGAAUUCGAUAUCUCAACGGAAAAACUCAAUAUGUGGAUUCCCUUUAUGUCAAGGAACCUUACACAUCUCAAGCUUUUGAACUACUGUACUCCUCCAGAUGAAAAUCAUAUGCCUGAUAUUCUCUUCUCUUGUAAGGAAUUGACUUACUUCAAAUUUAGCUCAUUUAACUUGUCAAUUCCACCUAAUUUCCGCGGCUUUGAAAAAUUGCUUGAACUUCACUUAGAAUGUGUUGAAUUCGAUUCCAGUGCACUUGAGAAUUUUAUGUCUGGUUGUCCGGUUCUUGAAAAGCUCAACAUUGGAUUCCGUCUUGGUUCUAAUCGGCUUGUUAUAUCUUCUCCUUCUCUCAAAGUCUUAGUGCUAGAAUUGCACAAUACAAAGUUAGUUUGUCUCAGGAAAGCAAAGAAUCUGAGCGAUUUUACACUCAAGGCAUUUCACGGCAGAGGUUAUAUCAGAAGUUCGCCAAAAAUUAAGAGGUUUUCUCUGACCAAUUGGGGAAAGAAUUCAUAUGAAGAUAUCAUUCAUCCCAUGCUGCUAUCAAGGUCAUUCAGCUCUUUAGAGUAUCUGAAAUUGGAUGACUUGAAUUUGAAUGAUAAAGGAGACAUUUUGUAUUUGGUCAGGGUUCUCGAAAGUGCUCCUAGCUUGAUUGAUCUUGUUAUUAAACAGAGUUACAAAGAUAUUGAUACCACAAAAGAGUUGUACCGUUCCAAGGAAUUAGAAUGCCCUAGAAUUUUGCUCCAACUUCAGACAGUGGAUGUCCACUUUAGAGCUAACUCUCAAUAUACAACGAGUUUGAUACGGUUCAUACUUGCAAAUUCCCCUUUGUUAAAGACUCUUACUUUUUAUUGUAGUUAUAAUGAUUUAGGUGCACCUAUGAUGUUAAACUUUUCAAAAGACUUGUUAUGGAUGGAACGAGCAUCACCAAAAGCACAGGUUAAUUUCCGUCAUGUUUAAAAGACUCUUAUGUGGCAAUUAGUUGUGCUUAUAGACAAACACAAGAUAUGAUAAGGGAAUGAGAGUAUUUGGGGAUGUGUUGUAUGAUGUAAUGAACUUGUACAGGCAAAUGAUACUAUUUAUUCCAGUUAAUUUGGUAUUAUGUGACCAUUGUUUGCAUU